AUGACCGCCACCGACGACCUCCUCCUCCUCCCCGCCGAGGACCGCCUCGCGCAGGACCUCAAUGACGACACGCAGCGCAAAUACGAGAAAGACCGCAAAGUCGGCGAAGGAACCUACGCCGUCGUGCACCUCGGCCACGUGCGCGCCACGGGGCUCCCGGUCGCCAUCAAGAAGAUCAAGGUGUCGGCGAUGCAGGACGGCAUCUCCAUGGACGCCAUCCGCGAGGUCAAGUUCCUGCAGGAGCUGCGCCACGAGAACGUCAUCCGCCUGCUCGACGUCUUCUCGUCCAAGAACCAGAACCUCAACCUCGUGCUUGAGUUCCUCGACGGCGAUCUGGAGUUUAUCAUCAGGGACAAGGAUAUCACGUUUAAUGGCGCCGAUAUCAAGAGCUGGAUGGCAAUGAGUCUGAGAGGCUUGUGGUGGUGCCAUAAGAAUUUCGUGCUGCAUCGUGAUAUCAAACCCAACAACCUCCUCCUCUCCACCUCCGGCCAGCUCAAACUCGCCGACUUCGGCCUCGCCCGCAGCUUCAGCGACCCCUACCGCGCCAUGACCAGCAACGUCAUCACCCGCUGGUACCGCCCGCCCGAGCUCCUCUUCGGCGCCAAAUACUACUCCUCGGCCGUCGACAUCUUCUCGCUCGCGCUCGUCUUCGUCGAGCUCAUCAUCCGGCUGCCGUACCUCGCCGGCGACUCGGACGUGCACCAGCUGCAGCUCAUCGCGCGCUGGCUCGGCACGCCCACCGAGCAGAACUGGCCCGGCGUCACGAGCCUCCCCGAGUAUGUGAUUCCGAAUAAAGAUGAUAUACAGCCGGAGAGGGACCUGUAUUACUACCAGCGGACGUUCCCGACGAUUUCGCCCGCGGGGAUGGAGGUGCUGUAUGGCAUGCUGCGGCUGGAUCCGAGGAAGAGGUUGAGCGCGAAGGAGGCGCUGGAGGGGGAGUGGUUUAGGGAGGAUCCGCCGCCGACGAGGCCCGAGUUGCUGCCGAAGAAGGGGGGCGGGGCCGGGGUGGAGAAGGUGGGCGCGGAUUUGAAGAGGAGGGCGGGGUGGGAGGAGGGGGGGGGGGAUGCGACGGAGAUGGAGGGCGGGCAGAGGGGGAGGAAGAUUGCGAGGAAGUUGGACUUUGGGGGGGGGAUGUAG